AUGAUAAUACUAUAUAUAUAUACACCCACACACAAUAUAAAUAAAUACACUCCAAUGAGUAGUGGUACCAACCCGUCAUCAAUAAAAAAAUCAGAAACUAGAGUUAAUAAUAAUAAUAAUCAAUAUUUGACGUCACCACUAACUAAAGAUACUCCUACUAGGAAAUUAUCAUCAAAAAAACAAGAGCAACAACAACAACAACCUGAUUCAACUGUACAUAUAACUAAAGUUUUAUCAAAAACUUCAAUUCAAACACAACCACAACAACAACAAUCACAACAGUCUCAACAACAACAACAGCAGCAACCACAACAACAACAACAACCACAACAACCACAACAACAGCAGCAACAACAACAGCAACAACCAUCAACAACCUCAACUUCAACAAACUCAACAGUAACCUCAACUUCAACAACAUCACAGAUUAGAGAUAAUAAAUAUUUAUCAAAAACUCCAAUUAAUAAUGAACCAAUUAAAAUAUUAUCAAAACAAUUAAAAUUUCAAAACUAUGAAACUGUAUAUAAUAUAUUAAGUAGAUCUAAUACCCAAUUCACUGUUAUAGGUGUAAUUGGUGGUCAAUCUUGUGGUAAAUCUACAUUACUAUCAUCUUUAAUUAAAAGAUCACAUGAUAAUAGUCAAACUCAACAACAGCAACAACAAACGAAUGAUUCAACAACAACAACAACAACAACAUCAAAUACUACUUCAACUACUACAACACCAUCAUCAUCAUCAUCAACAACAACAGUAUCAAAUAAUAAUGCAAAAUUAUUUGAAAUUCAAACUGAUAAUAACUUUGGAUUAGGUAAACAUCAAACAAUUGGUAUUGAUUUAUUUGUAUCAGAAGAAGAGAGGAUUAUUUAUUUAGAUACUCAACCACUUCAAAGUUUAUCAAUUAUUUGUGAAAUGAUUGAAGACAAUUUUCAUUUACCCAAUCAAUUCAACUCAUAUGAACAAUAUCAUCAUAUGCAAUGUUUAAGAUUAAUAGUUUAUCUUUUAUCAAUUUGUAAUGUAGUAUUGGUAGUUCAAGAGAAUAAAUCAUUGGAUAUACCGUUUUGUAAAUUAUUAAGAUCAGCUUCUCUAAUCUUAAAAAAUAAAACACCCGAUAUUUCUAAUCCAUCUCAAACUGGUUUACCCUAUAAUUUUGAAAAUGAUAUUUUAGAAUCAACUGCUAGACAAUUAUUUAUUUUUAAUAAAUUAACAGAGAUAGAUACCAAUGAAACUUGUUUUGAUAAAUCAUUAUCAGUUUUAUUUUCAAAUCCAAAGAAUUUAUAUCAAUCAUUUAUAUCAAAUUUAUCAAAUAAUAAUAAUAAUAAUAAUUCCACAAACAGCAGUAAUAAUUCGAAUAUGAGUGGUAGUGGUAGUGGUAGUGGUGAUCAACAACAACAAAAUACAAUAGGUAGUAAAUAUCAAUUAAUGAAUCAUUUUGAUAGUUUUUUCAUACCAGACAGAUAUUUACAAGAGAUAGCAAAUAAUGCCACCACUGAAAUAUUAGGUGUUAAUAGUUCAGAUAUUAAUCCAAACACUAUUAAUGGUACAAAGAAAAGACAACAACAACAAACCAAUACAAAAUUACAACCUACUUUUAAUGAAUCCAUUGAAUAUCUUCAUAAACAUUUACUACUAAUGAGAUCAGUCUCCAAAUUCACUCAUGAAAUCUCUGAAAGACAAUGGCUUGAAAACGCUCAAAACCUUUGGAAUUACCUUCAAGAUUGUGAUCUUUUAUCAUCUUAUAACCAUCAACUUUCAAAAUCAAAAUUUAGUAUUAAUAAUACUCAACAAAUUAAUAAAAAAAGUAAUCAACAUCAACAUCAACAUCAACAUCAACAACAUCAACAACAUCAACAACAUCAACAACAUCACCAACAUCAACAUCAACAACAUCAACAUCAACAUCAACAACAUCAACAUCAGAAUCAAAAUCAACAUCAACAACAUCAACAUCAAAAUCAACAUCAACAACAUCAACACCAACAUCAAAAUCAAAAUCCAAAUCCACAUACACACCAACAAUAUCAACAACAUCAAAAUCCACAUUCAUACCAACAACAACAAAACCAAUAUAAAUAA